AUGCCUCCAUUACAGGCUUCUCAACAACUCGGUUUCUGUGCAUGCAUCGAGUCAUGCCUCGAGUACCUAGAAGCCGUCCCUUGGGUCGGGCAAGAGGAGGAAGAUAAAGUGGUCUCGUCAGUCCUCAGCCUUGAGUCCGGGGGCAUUAUCGUCCAACCUGUGCUAAAACGCGUGGUAACCCCUGAACCCCCGCCACACGAUACCAUUUCCCACGUACUCCGCCUCGUCCUCAGCAGCCAACACGAAAAGGGCCGUCGCGAGAUGAAAUCCACCGUCCUCAAACUCCUCAAAGAAAACGACUCCUCGUCCGAUAAUUAUAACCUAUCCACCGAGACCCUCUACAGUUCUUGCGAAGCCUCCCUCGACUUGUUAAUCUCCUCGUUCAGACAAGCCUCCGAGCCAAAUUUCAAUGAUGACGAGGUAAAAAAGUCGAUUGCCCGGGAGGCAGACAACCUCGUCUGGCUGCUCGACAUAUUGACAUGUCGGCGAUCGGGGGACGGGUUUGCCGCGUUGUGGGCCCGACAGGAUGAGCUGGCGGGCCUACACGGUGGGGUGGGGGUCGCGGUCCGGUGCCACGUCAGCGCGGUGAGCUCGAGGGUAUUCGUGGGGAUCGGUCGGGGGGAGAUAUUUGUGGGGAAGGAGGUGCGCCGGCUCUUGUUGGUGACGUGGCUGGAGCCGUUGAUGGUGGACUACGGGUGGCUGCAGGGGGGUUGGUGCCGGUGGUUCGACAGGGGAGCAGUGGAGGAAGGGAUUGGGCGGACGGUGCUGACUCUGCCUCUGGAGGAUCAGCAGGCGGUGAUGAUGACGUGGCUGGGGAGGUUCCUGAGGGCAGGGGAUGGAGGGUGCCCCAACCUGCAGAGGGCCUUCGAGGUUUGGUGGAGGCGGGCUUUUGGGGCCACCGGAAGCGGGCGGUCGUGA